AUGACUCCGUGCAAGAGGGGCAAGAAAGCGCCUGCGGCGGCCGGCGUCGACCGUAUCAGCGCACUUCCGGAGGAGAUCCUCCACCAUGUCCUCUCUUUCCUACCGGCGCAGGAGGCCGUCCGUACGUGCCUGGUCGCACCGGGCUGGCGGCACCUCUGGAAGUUCACCACAGGCCUGCGCAUCGUCGAAUUUGAGGGUGCGAGAUCUGUUAAGGAUGUCCGGGAAUUCGUGGACUAUCUGUUUAUCCUGCGUGGGUACGGGGAUCUUAACACUUUUGAGGUCGAGCUCUCUGAGUUCUCAGAAGAGGACGUGCUCUAUGUGAACCUAUGGACCCGUUUUGCUGUGUUCUGUAAAGUUCGUGCGCUCACCCUUCACCUCCAUGACAAUAAAUUCCUCAACAUAGAAGGCCAACCUCUUGUCUCUCGGGACCUCAGGACAUUAGACCUUCGGGGAGUAUGCCUCCGAAUGGCCUUUCUUGAUUUUUCUAGCUGCCCAGCAUUGGAGGAUCUGAAGAUGCAAUAUUGCCAGAUUGAUGUUGAUAAGAUAUCGUCCCUGUCCCUGAAACGGUUGAGCAUCAUCUUUUGCCGUUCCGAUCAGUCUCAUCGAGUCCGCGUUUCUGCUCCAUGCCUCAUCUCUUUGACACUAGACAGCUUUGCUGGUAGAACCCCCCUGCUUGAAAGCAUGCCAAUGUUAGAGACUGCAGUUGUGGAACUUGGGCGUGCCUGCAGCGAUUUCUGUCACAACUACAGAAAUCAGGGUUUCUGUGGUGCUAACGGUUCUAGAUGUGUGUAUUGUUUUUCUUACAAUGGUCAAAGCAGCAAUACCGUGCUUCUUGGAGCUAUCUACAAUGCUAAACAUCUCCGGUUGAUGUCUCCAUUAGGAAUGGUGAUUUUUGCAAGGGAUUUGAAAAGUUGUCCGACAUUUAGCAAGUUAAAGACUUUGUUACUCAAUAGCUACUGGUGCGUGGGCCCUGACUUUGAUGCACUAACUUGCAUUCUCAAACACUCUCCAGUUCUAGAGAAGCUCACUCUUCAGUUUGCUUUCGAGGAACAAGAACAUAAAGUGGAAAUUAAAGGAAGCUACAGUUCAACGGAAAAACCUACUGGAAUAUCAGAACACCUGAAGUUAAUUUCUGUCAAGUAUACUGUGGUUGAUGAUAGAGUUCUCCAACUUUUGAAGUUCAUGUGCACAUUUAACAUACGAUUCAGUUUUGAGUGAGGAUGAAAGAAUCGACUUGAUGGUGGAUGUGCCAUCUCUCAAGACUCUCAACUACUGGAAACUCUAAGGCUUUAGUGUGAUGUGACGUGGAUGAUGCUAGCAUGUUUUCAUAUUUUAACUAUGAACAUCUUAUGAGUUCCAGAAAGUCCGAUGGACAAUGUAGUAGUCCUGGCUUUGAGCCUUAAAUCAUCCAACUAGACUUAUAUUAUAAUAUCAUGUUUAUUGUACU